AUGGCAUCGCCUCGAGAAGACGAGUACGACUACCUGUUCAAGAUCGUGCUUAUCGGCGACUCUGGCGUCGGCAAGUCCAACUUGCUGUCCCGCUUCACGCGUAACGAAUUCAACCUCGAGUCCAAGAGUACCAUCGGUGUCGAGUUCGCCACUAAGUCCAUCGUGGCCGAGGGCAAGACGAUCAAGGCGCAGAUCUGGGAUACAGCCGGCCAGGAGCGAUAUAGAGCGAUUACCAGCGCAUACUACCGCGGUGCAGUAGGAGCGCUAUUGGUGUACGACAUUACCAAGCACGGCACGUUUGAGAACGUGGAGCGCUGGCUCAAGGAGCUGCGGGACCACGCAGAUGCCAACACGGUCAUAAUGUUGGUGGGUAACAAGAGCGAUCUACGCCAUCUGCGUGCAGUAUCGACCGAAGAGGCAAUGGCUUUCGCGGAGAAGAACAAUCUGGCGUUCAUCGAGACGUCAGCUUUGGAGGCUACGGGCGUGGAUUCAGCCUUCCAGCGCAUUCUUACUGAGAUCUACAAACUCAUGAGUCGCAAGACUAUCCAAGCGGAGGAGAACGCGUCAGCCAGCUUGCCUACGGGUAACAGUAUCGCAAUUACGGCUGAGAACACGACCGAAAGCCAGAAGAAGAAAAAGAAGAGUGGGUGUUGCUAG